CUGUUUUAGAUCGGUGAUCAUUGAUACCAGAGAUCUCAUUUCUCUUUCUCUCUCCCGCUCCCCUCUCGGUUGUCCAGGCUUUUUCUGACCAGUAAUGAUCAAUCAUUGAUCAAAUUUAUUCAUUGUGGAGUUCCACCACUUUCAACGUCUUCCAAAUCUUUUACAUAAUCAUUUGAAAACCCUCCACUCGUUUUGUUGUUUUCUCUGCAUCGAUGCUCAGAUUGCUGAAAGUUUAGUUUUUUCCUUUCUGGGUUUAUCCAAUACUUAACAUUAGUCUAUGAAAUUUGGAGAUUUUGCUCGAGAUUCACUCAAUAUGUGAAUGUUGUUACUCUUGAGUUGGGUGUCUCUGCUUGGUUGUUGCGAACUCGGCUUAUUGCAACUGCCAAGGCACAUUUCUCACAGUAUAGUUGCAUUCACUCGUGACUUUUUCUUAUUUCGUCUCUAGAUUUCAUUUCUAUUUUCUGGGUUUCCUUCAACCUGGACCUUCUUUUAAUCUUCUCUGUUCUUUCAAUUUGACUAUUGUGAGAGAGAUAUGUUAAUUUCACCAGAGAAAGAGCAGAUCUCAAUCUCAAUGCCUUGUCAAAGUGGGGAAGAGCCACUCGAAUCUUCUUGUUUGGACUCAAACAAGGACUGCUCUAAUGUGGUUCUUCUAGCUCCUGAAAUACCCAUCUCUCUUCCGGCUUACACUGACGUAAAUAUGGUUCCUGAGCAUGAAGAGGAUAAACUUCAGCAAACAAUCUCAAAGCUAGAAGAAGAGAUCGAGGAGUUGAGACUGGAGUUGACGUCUUUGGACAAGAAGAGGAGAGAUGCACUGAAUAAGAUAUUAGACAUCAAAGGUUGCAUAAGGGUGUUUUGUCGGAUUAGACCAAUUUUAUUGCCAAACAAGAGGGGUGAAAUACAUCAAUCUAUUUCACUUGAAUCGGACAAGGUUGUGGUAAGAUGUGCUGGAAUAAGAAAAGAAUUUGAUUUUGACAAGGUUUUUCCUCCAAAAUCAACCCAAGAGGAAGUGUUUGUUGAAGUUGAACCAAUUGUCAGAUCGGCAUUAGACGGGCAUAAUGUGUGUAUAUUGGCUUAUGGACAAACGAGUACUGGGAAGACAUUUACUAUGAAUGGGACUGAAAAUAAAGCAGGCAUAGUUCCUCGAGCUUUAGAAGAGUUGUUUCGCCAAGCCUCCUCCACGGCUGCUGGCUCCUUUUCAUUUACGUUUUCAAUUGGCAUGAUGGAAGUUUAUCUAGGCAAUCUUAGGGAUUUACUAGCUGCCCCUAAACCAUCCAUGAGAGCAAAUGGAACAAUAUCGAGAAGUAAUCUAAACAUCCAAACAGAUCCAAAGGGAUUGGUGGAAAUAGAAGGUUUAACUGAUGUUGAAAUAUCAAGCGUGACAAAAGCAGUAUGGUGGUACAACAAAGGCAGGCGGGUGAGGUCUACUUCAUGGACUAAUGUCAAUGAGACUUCUAGCAGAUCACAUUGUUUAACGAGGAUCACUAUAUCUCGACGUGGAGAUGCCUCAAUAGGAAAGGAAGAAGAAGUAAGCAAAUUGUGGCUGGUUGAUCUAGGAGGAAGUGAACGGGUUUUGAAAACUAGAGCCACUGGUCAAACACUUGAUGAAGGGAGAGCCAUAAAUCUUUCCCUUUCGGCUCUAGGAGAUGUCAUUGCAGCUCUUAGAAGAAAGAGAGCUCAUAUUCCUUAUAGAAACAGCAGGCUUACACAAAUUCUAAAGGAUUCUCUUGGUGAUGGAUCAAAGGUUCUCAUGAUAGUGCAUGUAAGCCAAUCAGAAGAAGAUGUUGGUGAGACUACUUGUUCACUAGCUUUUGCGACUAGAGCAAGAGCUGUUGAAAACCGAGAUCUCCCUGAGGAUCUGAAGAAACAGAAGGAGAAAAGAAUAGGUGAGCUUGAACAAACACUAAGAAAUACAGAAGAACAAUUAAGAAAUGUGGGAAUUGAAAAACAAAAGGCUGAAUUCUUGUUAAGAGAGAAAAGGAACAUCCUUACAACCAUGUACUGCAAACCUCUUGAAAAUGAUGACGAGGUAAAACAAGAAGUCAUUUGUCUACUUACAACCCCAACAACAACAUUGGUAGAGAAAACAGCUAAAAUUAGCAAAUCCAAUAACUGUAUCCCACGGUUCAUGAACUCCACCAUGGCUAGCCGUCAAAGGUUAAAUGCUGGUCAAGUUGAAAGGCAGAUAGGAGAAAAAAUCACACGGACUUGGGGGGGCAGGAGCUCGGUUCAAUUAUCAGGUUCUCAAUCGAUGAGUUAUUCAGAUCCCCACCAAUUCAGAACAUUGCUAAGAAAUCCCAAGAAGAAGUCCCGAUAUGGUGGGUUGAUGGAAGCACGAUUGGUUGAUAAUCCAGCACCAGGAGCCAUGGAGAGUUUUAAUAGUAGUAAUAGUACCAAAUGUAAUGUUAAAGAAGAAUACAGGCUAGUUGCUGCUGCUGCAUCGCAUGGCAAAACAGUUACUUCAGAUGUGAACUUGAAAGCUCCAAUUGGUCGCCACAGAAGAAGAAUGUCUAACCUGAUCUAAUAUAACAAUUGGUUCAUUUAGUUUGUUCCAGUUUGUUUGUUUGUUUGUUGUAUUGUUUUGUGUUUUUUUAGCACGAGAGCAUGUUGUUUCUUCUUAUAAGGUUGUGUUGGAGGUUUCUUUCUUUUCUUACCAUUGUUGUUGUACUAAUUCUCUAGCUAGUACAAUCAGACAAUUAAUUAUGUUUAUAUUUUCACUGUU